GGUCCCGCCAAAGCUCAGCCAUCAGCUUCACAAGCACUAAAUCGCACACCAUGCCUCAGCCCGAUCCUCUCAGCUGGACUUUGUUGUUCAAAAAGCACAGAACGACCGUGCUUCUGAUGCUUCCUGCAUCCGAAACGGUCGCCGCAACCAAAAAUGCAUUGCUUCGGGCCCUUCAAGCUCGGGGCCUGAGAGAUAUAAAUGGAGAUGUCGUUCCAGUGGACGCUUCCGAAAUUGAGCUUGGUAUUCCGGUAGACAAGAAUGACUUGGAAAAAGGCUGGACGAAGCUUGAGGUUGACGUCGCCGACUUCGAUGUUGCCGCCGCACCCAAACGAGGAGCCGGGAAGAAGGCAGCCGGUUCGCUCACCUUACUAGCUGCCGAUAUCAAGAAUGGACAAUCCAUCGCAUUCAGGUUCCGGAAGCCUACGACCGACGAUUCUGAGAAGAACGAUGAGUUGGCUGAGCUAGAUCCGGAAGAUCCAGGAUGGGAUGUUGUCCUCCCUAGCUUCGAAGACGAAGAAGAUGAUGUCCAGAACUGAGUGCUACCUUCAGCCGAAAAUAAUGAAAUGAAUGACAUCAAACCCGUCUGUUGGCUGCAACUGAGAUCCAGUAUACCACACAGGUUGACGGAGGUUGCUACCCGGACAAGUGAGCCAUGACCAGAAUAAAAUGUCGACAGUCUCAUGAUAUUAGCUCUUAUGCAAUCUCUGGUCAACAGCAGUACGCUUGCGUUUGCAUCUUCUCUCUGUAAGAGCGCGAUACGAUGAGCUAUCUACACCCUUGAGUUACCCUGGCGCAUGGCUCAUAUCGGUCUAUAGCAGGCGGCUUUAAUAAGCUUCCCUGAAUAUCACUUUAAUAAGAUCCUUAGUGU